AUGGAAAAAUUUGGAUUGCAAGCGCUAGUACCGCUGCUUAAACUAGAAGACAAAGAACUUUCAAGCACAUAUGACCAUUCCAUGACCUUGGGAGCGGAUUUAUCGUCAAUGCUAUAUUCAUUGGGUAUUCCAAGAGAUUCACAGGAUCACAGGGUUCUUGAUACUUUCCAGUCGCCGUGGGCAGAGACGUCUAGAAGCGAAGUAGAGCCCCGAUUCUUCACCCCAGAAUCCUUCACCAACAUUCCUGGCGUAUUACAGUCUAAUGUAACCCCACCAUGUUUCAAUUCCAUCCAAAAUGAUCAACAGCGUGUUGCCCUUUUCCAAGACGAAACACUUUUUUUCCUUUUCUAUAAACAUCCAGGUACAGUAAUUCAAGAACUGACCUAUUUGGAACUUAGGAAAAGGAAUUGGAGGUACCACAAGACCUUAAAGGCCUGGCUCACCAAAGACCCUAUGAUGGAACCUAUUGUAUCCGCUGAUGGGCUAAGUGAGAGGGGAUCAUAUGUAUUUUUUGACCCACAAAGGUGGGAAAAGUGUCAAAGAGAUUUCUUAUUGUUUUAUAAUGCUAUUAUGUAA